GCCCUCUGUGGCUCUCCUUUUCUCUCCCAGCCCCGGCUUUGAGGGAACAGGGUGCCGUGCAGUGGGGAAGCCUUAUAAAGAGGCUCACAGGCAAGGAACUGGUGGUGUGUGGGAGCAACACUCAGGGCCUGCGGCUUGUGAACAGCCGUGUGACUGAACUUAGAAGUGGAUUUCUGAGACCUGCCAAGAGCCACUAAUCCUCUUACUCCUGUGCUUGGUUCCUCACGGGGCCCUGGUCAUGUCUCAGGCCCAGUGAGAGGGCAGUUCGGUGGUAACUUGGGCCAGAUAAUAAAGAGAGAAAAGAAUAAGCCAAGGAAAGAGACACUGCAAAUGAAGGCUUCCAGAGACAGCCGCUACAACACUGUCCCACGGACAAUGGAAACCUGAACGGUGUCUCCCCUACCAACUGCAGUACCAGCUGAAGUCACCUGUGCCCCCAGUUGCAGAAGCGUACCCGAAAUUUGUCACGGAGAGGGUGCGCACCGCCACGAGCAACCACACCGCCGCCCGGGCUGUGGGGCUCUAGGUGCCCCUUGGCCCUGGAGAUGCCCCAGUCCGCCGCAUCUGCUGGCCUCUCAGUCCCUACGGGCACCCGUUUGCCUGGGGUUCCCUGCAAGUGCCCGCUCGGCCAUAGGCAGCGGGGUGUGGUCGCCGACCGCGCGUUUUCGGCAGCUUGGCCACUGCCCUCGGGGGCUGUGCCGGCCGUCCUCGGGCUCGGAGGGCCCCGCCGCGCCCCGCCCCGGCUCCGGGACCGGCUGCGCGGACGGGGCUCUGCGGCGGGGUCCCGGCACACAGCCUGCAGAGCGGCCCGGCCCGGGCCCGCCCCGCGCGGGGGCCCUGGUGUCCCUUCCCGCUCCCGCGGCCCACGGGCCCGCCCUGGCCCUCUGCCUGCGCCGCUGAGCACGCACGGAACUCGGGAGUGCCCUGGCGAGAGCCCAGUGCCCCCGCCCCGUCGGUCCUACUCCCGCCGCAGCGGCUGGCUCUCCGGUUGCCCCGAAGAACCGGGGUGGAAAGCCGAUGGGGGCCAGCAGGGUAUUCGCUCGGAGCUUGCUGUCCUCGGAGCCAGCCACUGCCUCACCUGGACACAGGCUCAGAGGCCGGCGGGGAGGAGGAAAGUUUCCCGGCGGCAAACGGGGCCCCAGGCAGACCCUCACUGCAGGCCGUGGGACCGAAACGAGGCAAGGUCCUGGGUGUGGGGAGGUGUGCUGGCUCUUCCUGUUUGGUCCCGAGUUGGAAGCAUGGAGGGCAGCAGGGCAAACCCAAGGAAGGCUUGCACCUGCAGAUCGGCUCUUGAGCCUUCAGGUGUGGUGGCGACGGAGCUGGCGCACCAGAGCUCUGUUCUGGUGGGUCUGGCCCCCACCCCUGUACCUCGUCUCCCAGCAGCCACCCCCUCUGCUCCCUCCACCAUGUCCGCCUUCCCAAGUGAACGCUGUCCUCGGGACUCUCAACAGGCUCUACCAUGCAAGGUGCUGUGGUUUAGCAUUUUUCCAGCUUUAGGUGGUAGAACUGGAUCUAGUACCCAGAGUCCGUGCGCAGGGCUGCGUCUAGGCCGUCAGUUCCCUAAGGCACAUGGGUAGCAGGUUCCUUGGUUUUAAAAUUGUGAAACCAGCCCUACCAGCCUUAGUUCUCUGACAGCACAGACAGACAAUAGUUACAGAGAGCCAUGUGCUGUCUAUAUAGGUUGUAUUCUCAUGAAUAGUAACUAAACAUCUGAGAAUACACCACCCAGAGGCUCUGUGGUACACAUGAGGACGAGGUGGGGUGUGCUGGACACUCGGUGGCCACAAAUCGCAUUAGUUCAGUCUCUGUGCUCACAGAGCCUCCCAAAUUCAUUUCUGUUAUCGCUUUUUUCUGGGCCUGACUGUUCACCACAGUGUAAGUGGUGCCAUAGUUCACCACCAUGCUAUGUAUGCCCUGAUCCCCAGAGCUUUUGAGCAUCUUGCAAAGUCUUCCACCAGUGAAGAGUGGUGGUUCGCCUCCUCUCUGCUCUCUCUGCCUCUGUUCAACAGCAACUGAACUGCUGAGGGUGAUUCACUGGAAUCUACUCAGUUUGUUCUGUCAGCUGUUUAUUAAUCUGUAACUUCCUGUUGAGAUGCAGGGUGUGCUUUUUAAAGAAACCUUACACAGCAUAAGUUUUAUUUUGGACUGGACUUACUCAUGUAUAAAGAGGAUCUGUGAGAGUUACUUAAUCCCAUGAGUGAUUUUCUUUCAGCAGAAUUUGGUGGGCACUCACUGUGUGACAGGUGCUCUCCAGUGCCCUGGCGGUGCGGGGAUGGGUGAGACAGUUCUGGCUUCCAGAAGCCUGCCAUGUGUUCCAGGGAGACAAGUGUGAUGAAGUGUGGUAAGUGCAAUCAUAGACUUGCAAGGUACAGCAGGAUGCAAAGGAGGAUGAACAUUCUAGGGAAAGAGGAAUGAGAAAGGUUUCAUAGAAGGGCUCUAGAAUGGAAUCUAGGAAAGAUUUCCAGCUGAUCGGGGACAUGACAAAGAUCUCCCAUUUUAGUGACAAUGUUGGGGAACAGAUUGGACAAGGAAGAGCUUGAAAGUUGGAAAAUUAUUUGAAGGUUAUUUAAGAGACUGUUGCAAUGAUUUAGGCAAGAGGUGAUAAGUGUCUAUCCGAGGACAGGGUGGGAGGCACAAAAGAGAUUUGAUAGAAUUUUUGCGAUAGGAUGGGACAGUGGGAGGUGAGGAAAGUUGAGUGAAGUUUCCUGUUUUGUUUGGAGUGCCUGGUAAAUGGUGCCGCCAUUAAAGGAAAAGAAGACGCAGGUGAGUUGGAUGAGAGUCGGGGAGACACUGGGCUCGCUGUGGGACUUCCUGAACUUCAAGUGCAUGUGGGGACAUCAUUCAUUCAUUGGAAAUCCAAGUUUGUAGUUUGAGAAGGGGAUCCAGGCUGGAAAUGGAAAUGUGAGUGACAUCUAACAAUCUGGAAGCAUGAUUUUAUUAAAAAUAGUUUGGGUUUUCUGUUUAUGGUGCUUGACAGAUGACUAGUGCUUCAAAAGCAUAUAGUGUUUAUUUGAAAACAUAGUUUUUGGGUAAAUUCCAGUGGCUUCCAGAUCAUGGCUUUUUUCUCUAAUGGUGUCAGUGUUUGUAUAGGCGGUUGGGCAUGUGGCAAGAGGCAGAACACACUGAAUAUGGCCUACAAGUUGAUCCUUAGGGUGUUAACAUUGCCACUGGAAGUGUGCCUUGCCUUUUCAGGAUCAGAGAGUUUUGAAAAACACUCUGAUAAACUAUGAAAAGCUGUGAAGGUGUGCUUAAUCUUGGAAUACUAUAAAAUGAAGGCACUUUCUCAACAGUGCUUUAUUAGGCCCUGGGCAGCUGGUAAAAAUGGGAAAGGCCUAUUGUCCUUUAAGACAUAAAGUGGAAGUUUCAGGAAUACCUCUCUGUGUCCUUUGUGUCUGGGAAUCAAACCAGACUCUGACCUUAACUGUGACCUAAACUGUAGCCUUACCCCUAACUAUCCCCCAACCCUAAUCCUAAGUAUAACACUAACUCUAACAUGAAUCUACAUCCACAGCCAAAAUCUACCCCUCAUCUUAAGCUGAAUUUAACUAUAACACUAACCACAAAGCUAAUUGUAACCCCAACUCUAAGCCUCAGUAUAGCACUAACCCUAACUCUAGCCUUAACCCUAGAACUGACUUUUUUAGGGUAGACUUAUUAGUGGAAAGUGCUCCUUAGGUCUGUAGUAACUAGAUAAUCAAAACUGGGGAACGCAUUUCAGAUUAAAUGAGUAAUUUAUAAGUAGGUCAUCAGCAGACCAUCUUUAACAACAUACCUUGAUUAGGUGACCUGGCCUUUCUGAUAAAGAUACCUAAAGGCCUGGGUAUUAUGCUGGAUGUCUACAGGACAUCCCUGCUUCUCUUGCUGAUUUCAGUAAGUACUUAAUAAUGGUUGUUGUGAAAAUUCAGUGAAUAUCUCUGAAGGGCAAGGCACAGACAGAGUAUAUUUUCCACACUUCACGAAGGUUUACCUUGAUCUCAGUCUUCUGGGACUCCCAAAAGUGUAAGAUUUUCCUACUCCAGACGACUUCCAGAAGGCUGGGGCUCUUCCAUUUAUACCUAGAUCCCAAUGUGACCCAAAUCUAGACCUUACCAGCUAGACAGCAUCUGUAUUAGCCCCACAGUCAUUAAGAUAAGGUGCAUUGUUAGGCUGUGGGGUUAUAGAAGAAAUGUAAGACAUGCUAUUGAAUUCAAACCUCACAGCCAAGGUGACAAAGAAUAACCAACAUGCAUAAAAUAAGGAGCGAGUAUGAUGGGACAGGAUGUAAGUCAGUGCUCCAUUAUGUGGCACAGACCUGGACACUGAACUGGUUCAAAGGUAGGUGAUAUUUCCUGUCAUUUGCAAAGCACUUAGCAGCUUACCUAAACUGUAACACCCGUUCACUCCUUCCUAGGAUCCUGAGAGGUCGAUAUAGGGCCAGGUAUUAGUAUAAUCUUUCAUAUUUGCGUAUGCAGAAAUAGGCUCAAAGGAAAUAAUUAUUUCCUGCCAAAUUUCCCAGCAAAACUAGCAAAGCAGAGUUCUGAACUCAGGUCAACCAACUUCAAACCCAAUGGGAGGCUCCCUUUAUUUCUUGGAGUAAUGAAACUAAACCGGGCCUUAGAGGACUGAGUAAGGUUUGCAGAGCUGAGCGGAAACAAAAGAAUAUUCUGGAUGGGUGAGUCCUAUAAGAAGAAGGCAGGAAGCCAUGGAGGGGAUAGUGAGCAGACAGAUUGGGUGGGAAAGGGGGGCUUUGAGAACCAGGCAAAGGUGCUUGUAUUUCAGGUAGGGUUUCAGUAAGAAGUCAGUGACAUUUCUGAACUAGAUAGUUGUGUAAAGAACGAUCCACCGGAUAGUGAUUUGCAGGGACGAUUAGAAUAAGGAGGUCUCAGAGACAGGAAGGCCGUCUGGGUGGCUUUGGGGCAUGGGUACAAGGAAGGGUCUGGAACAGGGUGGCAAAGGUUAAUAAAAGCCAAAAUAAAUGGGGGUUUUAAAAAAGUAAAUUCAAAAGGAAAGACUUAGUGUGUGCGCAUGAGAGAUGGAGGAAGUGAAAAAAAAUCAAAGAAUUACAAUUUUCAAAUAACAAGUUACGUGGCCCCAGAUGAGUCAUAGAAUUUCUCUGGGCCUCUCAUCUGAAGAAAAUGUAAUGGCAGCCCUCACCUCACAGAUGACUGAAACCCUUUAUUUACAUGCAGAACUGCUGGAUGGAUCAUUGCUUUAAUGAAGAGGGACAAUCUAAAAGUGUCUAGAAAGAUACUCUCAAUAUCAUCUUUUAAAAUAAUAAAAAAUUGGGAAAUGUCUAAAUGCUCCAGAAUGGGGAAAGAAGUAAAUAAAUAAUGAUUAUUAUGUAGAAAUCGAAGUUGGGGACAUACAUAUUCCAAAUACAAGGUUUGGUGGAGAAAACAGGAUGCAAUACUAUCUAUUAUUAAAAAUAAAUAUCUGAAUAGAAAAAAGGACCAGAAAAAAAACCAUUUUCUCUGUGUUAAUUAUCUCUAUGAUUAUUAUCUCCGAUAACUAUCUCUGUGACUCUCAUUACCAGAGCGAUUAUCUCUGGCUGAUGGUCAUGAGACUGAUUUGUGUUAUCACUUUUGUACUUUGUACCUUUCUGGAAUUUCCAAAUUUUGUGUAAUGAGCCUUUAUUCUUUUAUAAUGAGAAGAAAAAUAUUUAGGAAAAAAGAAAAAGAAAUGAGAUCAAUUCUACUGUUGAAAAUCUGUAAAUGUGUUGUGUCCCUUAUAAUCGUUCUCCAAGUAAAAUAGCAUAUCAUA